AUGAGGCAAACGUGUGUGCAGAAACAAGAGUGCGCUCACACUGAGAGAGGAGGUGGAGGGAAGAGAGUGUAUGCAGGCAUGCAAGUGAGAGUCAGGGUGGGAAAGGAGUGACAGGCAAAGAGGGUUUGACUCAUCUAGUCACUGAUAUACACACCACACUGAAGGGUCCACAGUCUCCUGCUUAAACAGUGAAACACAUGUGUGCUCAGAGCGAUAGAGGGGGAUCUGUGAGGAUACUCGGAUGAGAAAGAGGUGUGGGGGAGCCAAGGAAGAGGAGCCCGAGUGUGUUUCGCCCCGGGGGGAAGCUCACAUACACGGCAGACAGCGCACACACUCCAGCGGGCUCUCGGCACUGUUUCCCUGACAACUAGAAUGGGCUGCAAUUUGUGCACCUUGCAGAAACGGGAGGAACACUACAAACUGCUGUAUGAGAUUGCACAGGUGAACGGGCGCGACUUCUCCAAGGCAGAACAUGACGAGGCGGUGGUGGAGGCCAUCAGGCGAGACCCCAUUGUUGUCCAGGUUCUCCGGCGGACUCCCUCCACAGCCACAGCUGCCGUCGUACACAACCACAGCGGUGAGCCACAAGAUGUGUGUGUGGUGGACGUCUGCACGCAAACUGACAUCACCUUUGAACACAUCAUGGCCCUGGCGAAGCUUCGGCCGGCGACUCCACCGGUCCCCGACAUCUGUCCCUUCUUGCUGUCUGACAGUUGUCAUUCCAUCCACACCAUGGAACAUGAGUUUUAUGAAUGUCCCGAGUAUCUGUCCAAUACCCCAGCAGAGGUGGAGAGGACUGAGGAGUAUGAGUAUGAGGAGGUGGAGCUGUGCAGACAGAACAGCCAGGAGAAGCUCGGCCUGACCCUGUGCUACAGAACGGACGACGAGGAGGAUACAGGCAUCUAUGUCAGCCAGGUGGAGCCAAACAGCAUAGCAGCGAGAGACGGACGCAUCAAGGAGGGAGAUCGGAUUCUACAGAUAAAUGGCUGUGAAGUGCAGGACAGAGAAAAAGCUGUUGCCUUGUUGUCAAGUGAAGAAGCAAGGAGCAUCAUACUACUGGUGACAAGGCCAGAAAUCCAGCUGGAGGACGAUGCCGCAUGGCUGGAUGAUGAGCAACAGGAGCUCGUAGAGGAGCUGAAGAUGGAGAUCCUGGAGGAGAGGAGGAAGCAGAAGGAGCGCAGCUUUGACAGGAGAGAUGAGUGUCAAGCUGAAGAAGAAAUGACAACAGAUACAGCAACAUGUUCCUCCAACAAUCAAGACAGUGGGUUUGGACGCAGUACAGACAGUCCAGAGCACCAGCCCCUCUUAGCAAGAUUCCACAGGAGGAGUCCAGCCCAUUGCCUGAGGGAACGAUGGAGGGCCGAGCAUCCACACACCAGGAGAGGAGUUGGUGCGUCACAGGAAAGUCAAGGUGCAAGAACACUUCCCACAAGCCAAGGCCAUGAAGGGGUACUGAGUAUCCGCAAUGGUGGAGGUGGGAUCCUUGGUUUAGAGAACCGCUUCCAGCAACUCUUGGAGCUCAAAUGUCAAAUCAGGAACGGGGGUGAGUGUGGGGUGUACUCCAUCCGACACAGCAUAGAGUGUAGCCUUACCGAGCAAGGAGGAGGGGACGGAGAUAGUGUGGAUGACAUUGAAGGAGAAGGAGGGGUGGAGCAGGAGUUGAGGAUGCUAAAUGAAGAACUACGCAACAUUGAGCUGGAGUGCCAGAGCAUCAUGCAGGCCCAUCAGCUCCGCCAGUCCCACCAGCUGGAGCACUCACAGCCCUCGCCCUGUUCUUCAGGAAGGAGCCCCAAAGAUGGACACAAACGACACGGCAGGCUGGCCGACAUCCACGAACACCCGGAGAGGUCGGACAGCGAUAAGAUCCGUGAGAAAGACAGCUCCAGUGCCUACAACACAGCAGAGAGUGCACGGUCGACGCCACUCGGUAUGGAGAGAUCACCUGACCAUUCUCUGCAGAGACACAUCAGCAUCGCCAACCAGAAAAACCUCAGACUGGCCUCUUCUACACCCUCCAUUCCCAUCCCUAUCCCCAAGCCCCACAGCACAGCCAAUCGUAGCAGACCAGCAGAUCCUGGUCCUGUUAUCUCGAGCAGUCCAGACCAGAGCAACCCUUCCAGGUCUGAGUCAGACCCUGCUCUGCCAGCAGAUGACGAGAGGUGUGAGAAAAAAGGGAGGACUAGAGAUUCAAGGAGAGGGCUUCCCUAUGGGUCUCCAUAUCAGACAACUCCUUAUGGCCAGGGAGGAUCCAGACAGCUCCAGAGCUACAUGCAGCUGCUACAGCAGCACUCCUCUCUCGAGUAUUCUCAGAGCCAGCUGAGUCUCCUCAGUGUCUGUCGAGAUCCUGUGCACCGUAACGGACGCCCUGGGGAACCACGUCUAGAGUGGAAGGUCAAAGUUCGUGCAGACGGGACACGCUAUGUUGCCCGGAGACCUGCUCGUGACCGCAUACUGAGGGAACGAGCGCUAAGAAUCAGAGAGGAGCGUAGCGGGGGCAUGACUACAGAUGAUGAUGCCAUGAGCGAGAUGAAGAUGGGCCGUUACUGGAGCAAAGAGGAGAGGAAGCAGCAUUUGGCGAGGGCCAGGGAGCAAAGAAAAAGGAGGGAGUUCAUGCAGAAGAGCCGCCUGGAGUGUCUAAAGGAAGGACCAGCAAGUGGAGCUGAGGGCAGGAAGGAGGUCAAUAUCUUAGAGCUCAGUCACAAAAAGAUGAUGAAGAAACGAAACAAGAAGAUCCUGGACAACUGGAUGACCAUCCAGGAGCUGAUGAGCCACGGGGCCAGAGUCCCAGAGGGCUCCAAAGUACACAAUGCCUUCCUUUCUGUCACAACUGUUUAGUUGAUAUGUUUGAUACUUCAUAUUAAGAACCGAAUGCUUUCAUAUCAGGUGGCCUGCAUUUCAGGAACUACUGCUUGGUUUUAAAAGUGUCAAUUGUGUGGAUAAAUCAAUGCUGAGGACUUCUGUAGCAUUCCCGAAGCAACUUUGUAACCACCACUUGAAGAAUGUUUGUUCACUAUCAGACCUCAGCCAUUCAAAACGUGACUUGUUUUUACUGGCUUUUUGGUAAAGCACUGGAUUCCAAUAGCAGAUGAGUUUGGUAGCAUGUUGGUUCAAACAGAUUUACAUAAACUGAGGAACCAACACAUUAACUUUGUGUAUACUUUGUGUCGUGAUUCCAUGCUCUCCAUUCUUCUGUUUCAUUGCACAUGAAGCAACUUGACUUGCCUCGUUCAAGGUGGCAUUUUUUUUACAAUGGGGAAAAUAUUUUUCACACUUUGUAAACUCGACUUUUUUGUAAGGAAUUUUUACACUGAAUGUCAAUGUACUUUAAACAUUUUAUUGUAAUUUCUUAUUUAUGUUUGCAUCACCAAAAUAUCAAUGUCUUGACACUUUUUGAUUGUACUGUAGCCCACACUGUAUGCCAGACCAGCACAGAUAUGAGAAACCUCAUGAAAUCGCUGAAGGACAACGCUUCCCCAUCACAAAACACUUCUUUUGAUGUGUUUAUGAAGUCACUUGAGUCACUAAAAUGUAUAGCACUCAUUUUAAAGCACUGAAAAUAUCAGUAUGCCAUCUCAAAGGCUCAUAUUAUUCAUGAGUCGAGAAGGCCUUUUGAAACAGCUUUACCUCAACUUACAAACAAAACUCUGGCCUAUUAAGUAUUUGAAUGCUUGGCUAAUGGAAUCACUGACUUAACCUUCAACCCUUACUUUAAAGCAUAAAUGUGUGAAUUAUGUUCAAAAUGUUAAACAGAUUCAUAUUUAUAUUGUUUACCUUUUUUUGUAUUUAUUGUAAAUUAAUUUUUAUGGUCUGUCUGAUAAGUGUUUCACAUUAAGUGGCUACCCUUGAAAUGUUUUUCAAGGGUAGAAAAUGUAUCAUAUUUGCAGCUGUUCAACUCAGAACUGCAGCUUUUCACUGUAAAGUUAAUUGAAGAGGCCUUGAGUUCAGUAUUUGUUGAUGGUGAUGUUUGUAAUAAAAGAAUAACAAUAAAAAAAGGAAGCCAGAGAAAGAAGACUUCCUUUCUAGUUGGUAA